AAAAUCACUUCCUGAAAAUUGAGAAGGGAGGGAGGGAGGUUCCUCAUCCGGUCUUCUGUUCUGUCUCUCUCUCUCUGUCUCCUCUCUCUUUCCUUUUCCUUCAUCCCACUGUAGACAGAGUAAACAAAAAAGAAAGAGAAAAAUUCAGAAAAGAGCAACCCAGACAACACAAAAAGAAAAAUACAGCGUGAGAGAGAGUGAUAAAAGGCAGUUGGGGGACCUUGGGGUUGGUCAUGGUGGACAAUGCACUACGCGUGCUCAGGGGCAUUUCCGUCAUUAAAACCAUUCUUUCUCUCUCCUCUUUCUCCAUGCUCUUCUUCAGCUCCGCCGCUAAUGGUGUUGAAGGCGCACUCUUCUUCGGCGGCGCCGGCGGCGGAUUCUGGUCGACCACGGCGGCUGGUAAUGCACAAUUAGCUCUCUUUUUCACGGUCUUCGCCGGAAUCGCCUUGGCUGCCGCCGUAUUCUUCACUACUAGGUAAAAAAAGUAACGUAACUUACCAGUGCUCACGCAUUUUGAAGCCCUAGGACUCGAUAGGUUUUUUUAGAAAGUAGGUAUAGAGAGAUAGAUGAAAGCCCUACGACGAAGUCACACUUCGUCGUCUUCGAAUUCUUCUUCACCGUCUUCAUCGUCGUCGUCGUGGAUUCAUUUGAGAUCGGUUUUAUUCGUAGUUGCUUCUUCCUCACCAGCUUAUUGUUCUUCUGAUCGGGGCCGUCUCAAAUCGCCUUGGUCCCGCAGAAAAAGAAAACAUGCCCUCUCACCUCAGCAGUGGAGAAGUUUGUUUACACCAGAUGGAAAGUUCCGUGAUGGUGGAGUGAAAUUUUUGAAAAAAGUUAGAAGUGCGGGUGUUGAUCCAAGUAUCAGGGCAGAGGUUUGGCCGUUCCUUCUUGGAGUCUAUGACUUGAACACUUCCAAAGAAGAAAGAGAAGUUAUAAGAGCUCAGAAGAGGAAGGAUUAUGAAAAACUUCGGAGACAGUGUCGGCGGCUUCUAAAACAUAGCGAUGACAGCAAGAAGUUGAAGGAAACUGGCGGGACCAGCAGUAAUGGGGAUAGUGGGAGGUUCAAUCAAAGCAUAGAUUCUCCAGACUCCGAAGAUGUGGUUAGUGCCAGGGAGUCGCUUUCUAGCGAGGAAACGAGCCCAUACGUAGAGUACACUAACCACCCCUGUAGUGAAUUGUCAGUAGGAGAUGGUUCAAGACAACUCACAGAUUCGAAUUCCCCAGCACUCGACACCGAGUCAUCAGACACAGACUCGUCUGAGGAAGUGAGUACUACUUUUCCCUUGUCAGAAACCAGGGAGGAAAAUGAUACCAACACACCCUUUAAGGACGAAUCUUCCCCCUCUAGGGCAGAAGUCCAGUCAAAACCCCGCAACGCUGAAGAUUUUGCCACUUGGCAGCGGAUCAUCCGCCUUGAUGCAGUUCGUGCCAAUGCAGAAUGGAUAGCAUACUCACCAUCUCAGGCUGCAGUAUCCGAAGAAAGGGCACACCGUUCUGCUGAGGCUGUUGCGUUAAAAGAUUACGAUCACCUGGAGCCUGCCAGGGUCUUCCAUGCUGCUCGACUAGUCGCCAUCCUUGAAGCCUAUGCACUUUAUGACCCUGAAAUUGGAUACUGCCAAGGGAUGAGCGAUUUACUUUCUCCAAUAAUAACUGUGAUACUGGAGGACCAUGAGGCUUUCUGGUGCUUUGUUGGUUUCAUGAGGAAGGCUCGGCAUAAUUUCCGGCUCGACGAGGUCGGAAUCAGGCAGCAAUUGAACACUGUUUCAAAAAUCAUCAAAUGCAAGGAUUCUCACCUAUACCGACACUUGGAGAUGCUUCAAGCAGAGGAUUGCUUUUUUGUUUACAGGAUGGUGGUGGUACUCUUCAGAAGGGAAUUGACUUUCGAGCAAACGAUUUGCCUCUGGGAGGUAAUGUGGGCUGAUCAGGCUGCGAUUAGGGCUGGGAUUGGAAAAUCUGCAUGGAGCAGGGUAAGGCAGCGUGCUCCACCAACAGAAGAUCUGUUACUUUACGCAAUUGCGGCUUCAGUGUUGCAACGGAGGAAACAGAUCAUAGAGAAAUAUAGUAGCAUGGAUGACAUAAUAAGGGAGUGCAAUAGCAUGGCUGGCCAACUUGAUGUGUGGAAGCUUCUAGACGAUGCACACAAUCUGGUGGUGAAUCUCCACGACAAGAUAAAGAACCCCUUCUGACAAAUUCCAUUGGAGCAUAUUUUUUCGUAAUUUAUUUUAUUUUAGCUCUUGAAGCUUAAUUUCACCAGCUGGUGUGCUUGUCGCGUUGGAUGUUCGUUUGAAUGGUAGGGGCAUGUUUGGCAGUGAUAAUUUUGCGUUUUUUCCCAUGAGGUAUAUAUAAUCUUGAACACGAGGGCAUGGUGCAGCAGGGACUUGCAGUCAGCGGUGAAAUGUACCAUAUUGGAUUGGAAAGAUGAAAGUUAUUAGGUAAUUUGCAUUUCCUAAAUCUAUUUUUGUACUGUUUACACUUCUGUAAUAGCUAUGAAAACCUAAAAAGGGUCAAUCCCUUGAAAGUGUUUUGUAGAAACUGUUUCGAGGCUUUAAUGACUUCUUGGAAGCCUUAUAAUAAUCUCAGUGAUGAUUUCCCUCUAAA